AUGCACAGCCAGGGAACCACAACUGGUGCUCCUCAUCCAUUCUCAGUUGCCAUUCUUGAACCCGCCGAUCCAUUCCCCGAUCUCCCCCCUACCCCCUCUGCCGCCAAGUACACUCCAUUCCUCUAUGCGUUGACCUUCCCUCUUCCUCUGGGCACCUCCAAACUCUACCCAACAUCUUCACCACCAAAGAUGUUGUCGGCUCCCGUUAAGUCGGCGAAGCGCAUUUCGUCCCUAUUCUCGCUGGGAUCGAAGGAUAGGGAGUCACAAUCGUCCCCUGUGUCUCCCGGGUUCCCAGAAACCGAGAAACGCCGGAGGAGCAGUUCAAGGCCGACUCGUCAUGUCUCAACCCCCAAUGCUGUGUUUUCCUCCGAACCCCGAACUAUGCCCAGCCCACUCGAUCUGGAAAGCCUGCCCCCGCCACCCUCACUCAUGGCUGUGAAUCAGGAUCUGGCCAGCAGUGCCCCCAGCUCGCCGGUGGGUCGACCACAAAGCCGUGGCCGUGAAAUGAGUAGACCUUCCAGCUCUGCCGGUCUCGCUAUCCCCGGCUCAGCCCCAGACUCUCGUCCAAGCACCCCGUCGAAGCGGAGAAGUUGGAUGCCCGGCCGGUCGCGCGCAAGCUCAAUGGACAAACGCCCAACCCCAAUGUUACCGGCUGCUUGGAUUGCAGGAUUGGACCAGAAGGUCGUCUAUGACCUCUCCCCCCUGUCAAGAGGAGAACAGAUUCCCGAACUGUGGAACGAACAAGGUGACACUUAUGUGUACCUCUUCCCCCAGAACACCGGCCGCUCUGCUUCUUUCAAGGUCGACUCGACUAUCUUCGCGGAAUCUCCCUCCCUGACCUACCUCGCUCGCGGCAACGAUGACAAAACGAACGGCCUCGAGCAGCAGACCCGAACCCUCUCGCUCUCCAAUCCCAUGUCACCACCAUUGACACCGCAGGACCGGCAGGAAAAUGACAAUGACAAUGACAGCUCGGGUAGCCAGAGAAUGGCGUUCGAUGACAGCCCGGACGAAUUGCAGGAACUCCACCUCUACCUGCCCAUCCCCCUCAACUGCGAUGUUUCCAACCCCCAGGCACGCUUGACACAAGAAGACACAGAGACUCUCCUCCUGUUCCGCAACCUAUUUGCUUUCCUGUUGGGUCAAUCUCUCAUCGCGUCCCCGAAGUCUGCCACACUCUUCUCCAUCUUCAUGGACGUGGCAGUCCUUUUGGCCCGCUUUGAAUUCUCAAACCUGGAUCAGUCCAAUUUUGGUGAGACUGCAACCUCAAGUUUCAGUAAUUAUUGUGAAGAGCUUCGCUUGGCGGAUGUACGCAGAAGCAGAGAGAAGACAAUCGAGGCCAUUGUGCUCGGUGAGCGACUGCGCUACUACCCACUAUAUGUCGAGGGCUUCGUCCACGGUGUCGGAAAGUUGGACGAACUCAAGCAGCUCCGCAGUCCUAAAUAUACCUUCAUUCACCCUAUUACGCAGAAACGCAUGGAACGUGCCUUCAUCGAUCUCGACACCCGUCUCCGCGGUCUUUACGGAAAGCUUGCCGAUUUCGACUUCCCUUCGGUGUUCUCUGGUUUCGCCAACUCGACCACCUCGGCGGAGAGUAAGGUGGUGCGCUUCAAGAACUGGAAAACAGGCUUCCACGAAUUCCGACGCUUCACCAUCCAAUACUACAGACAAAAGUACGGCUCAUGGCCUCCCAAGGCCCGAUCGAAGAAGAACGAAUUCGAAGAGAAUGGUCUCAACCGUUCCCUCUUGCUCGAUCUCUACCAUGACUUUACCGAUCUUUACGAUCUGAUGGUGGAUCGGACGUCUUUGACCACGCGUACCAUCGAUAUUUCCGGUGCAGGCAGCUCUACCCCCUCCGAAGACCCCAAGGAAAUCACUGUCCGUGCCCUGCGCCACGUCCUGAGUGAAUACGACCGCAGCACCCCGCCCGUGCUCCCUCCCAUUCCUUUCGACAUUCCACAGCUGCCUUCACUGCAGCCCUUGCACCGGAAGCCCCUGGACGCCAAGAAGGAGGCCAAGCAGAGCGGCAAGAAGCUGAAGAGCUCUGACAUCAAUGCCGUGCUGAUGGACUCCUACACCCGGGAGGCAAUGCGACCCACUCCCUUCAUUGAGAGCUUCAUGCAAUUCGAGCGUCGCUCAGCCCAUGGGAAGAGCGUCAACGACCUUCUCGAUCUGCGCUGCGGUCAAUGGAUCUUCCUUUACGCCGUUAUUCAAUCACUUCCCAUGCUGGUUGUCGACGUUCCCGAGGUCCACUACACCGACGGUGUCGAAUACUUCCUUUGCAUCGCUCCCCGUGGAGGUGCCCCCUGGAUCCAGAAUGACACCAAGACCGCCCGCAGCUGGUUCGGAGUCGCUGGCGGUGCUGGUGUUGUCAGUCUGCCGUCUGAUGUAGUCAUCAACGGAGUGGAAGGUGUAUAUCGCCGCAGUCACUGCUGGCAAGUUGCCGAGCAGUGGGCCGAUGUAGGCGCCCUCAUCGAUCCCCCAAUGGUCGAAGACGCGGCCUACGACGACGAGGAAUCCUCCAUCUCCUCCCCCUACCAGGGUCCCCACUCUUCCGUCGGAUCUUCCUCGGAACCUCCGCACAACAUGGCACCCGGAGCCCUCUCCCCUCCUCCCCCGGCCAUCCCACGCACCCGUUCUCCAGGCGCUGCCCAGCGCUCCGAGCAACAUCGUCACUCGUUCUACCCCGGACUGGAGGCUCUACCCCUCCCCGCGGGCAUUGCCCCCAUCGAACCUCCCACUCGUCCCAUCAGCCGGUUCAACCCGAACAUGAGCUUCGACGAUAUCUUGCGGGAAGUGCCUAAGAAAGACAAGAAGAAGAACUAG